UAACUCCUCCGUGCCCUCAGGACAAUGUCCAAACUUCUUAGCUUGGCACUCAACCUGCAUCCGCUUCGGCCACACCUUCCCCCAUGCCAGCCCAGGCUGGGCAGGUACUUUCUGAAAACACACAUACACUUCCCUUUCGUUAGGAAAACCUGCCUUUUCUCACCUUGGUCUGGGAGUGCUCCUGCUUCUGCCUGAGGUCCACCAUCAGACUCCCCUCUCAAAGGAUCCUCUACCUGUCCAACCUCUUCAAGGUUCCGCCACUGGGUGGGGGAGGGGGCUUGGCCUGCCACCCCACCCCCCAUUCCACCGAGGGGUUCAGGUCUCCAACAACAGAACUGGAGCCACUCAGCAACGCUGGAACGCAUUUAGGGGGGCCUGGGGCCCCUCGUCCCAAGCCAAGAGGGCUUUGGGGGAGGGGUGUAACUCUUGGCAUAUUCCCUGUGUGGCCUAGGGGGUUGUAAGGUGCCCAGGAGGUGAGGGCAAACUUCAUAGGGGUAGACACGAGUGAGGUUCUCUUUCCCCCGCUGGGGGUACGUCGGGGACAGAGGCAAAGGGGGGAGCCGGGAGGCCUCGAAGACAGAGGUGGGGCAGAGGUGGUGGCAGGGUGGUGUCCGGCAGCCGGGGCACCAUGACCACCAUCCAGUCGGAGACUGACUGUUACGACAUCAUCGAGGUGCUGGGCAAGGGCACCUUCGGGGAGGUGGCCAAGGGCUGGCGGCGCAGCACGGGCGAGAUGGUGGCCAUCAAGAUCCUCAAGAACGACGCCUACCGCAGCCGCAUCAUCAAGAACGAGCUGAAGCUGCUGCGCUGCAUGCGGGGCCUGGACCCCGAGGAGGCCCACGUCAUCCGCUUCCUCGAGUUCUUCCACGACGCCCUCAAGUUCUACCUGGUGUUUGAGCUGCUGGAGCAAAACCUUUUUGAAUUUCAGAAGGAGAACAACUUUGCGCCUCUUCCCGCCCGCCACAUCCGCACGGUCACCCUGCAGGUUCUCAGAGCCCUGGCCCGGCUCAAGGAACUGGCCAUCAUCCAUGCCGAUCUCAAGCCUGAGAACAUCAUGCUGGUGGACCAGACGCGCUGCCCCUUUAGGGUCAAGGUGAUCGACUUCGGCUCGGCCAGCAUUUUCAGCGAGGUGCGCUACGUGAAGGAGCCGUACAUCCAGUCGCGCUUCUAUCGGGCCCCCGAGAUCCUGCUGGGGCUGCCCUUUUGUGAGAAAGUGGACGUGUGGUCGCUGGGUUGUGUCAUGGCCGAGCUGCACCUGGGCUGGCCGCUCUACCCUGGCAACAACGAGUACGACCAGGUGCGCUACAUCUGUGAGACUCAGGGCCUGCCCAAGCCCCACCUGCUGCACGCCGCCCGCAAGGCCCACCACUUCUUCAAGCGCAACCUCCACCCUGAUGCUGCCAACCCCUGGCAGCUCAAGUCUUCGGCUGACUACCUGGCUGAGACCAAGGUACGCCCGCUGGAGCGCCGCAAGUACAUGCUCAAGUCGCUGGACCAGAUUGAGACGGUGAACGGCGGCGGGGCGGCCGGGCGGCUAACCUUCCAGGACCGGGAGGCGCUGGCCGAGCACGCCGACCUCAAGAGCAUGGUGGAGCUGAUCAAGCGCAUGCUGACCUGGGAGUCGCACGAGCGCAUCAGCCCCAACGCGGCCCUGCGCCACCCCUUCGUGUCCAUGCAGCAGCUGCGCAGCGCCCACGAGGCCACGCGCUACUACCAGCUGUCGCUGCGCAGCUGCCGCCUCUCGCUGCAGGUGGAGGGCAAGCCCCCCGCGCCCGUGGUGGCCGCCUCGGAGGACGGGCCCCCCCCCUACUACCGCCUGGCCGAGGAGGAGGAGGCCGUGGGUCUGGGCGGCGUGGCGGGCAGCGGGCCCUUCUUCCGCGAGGAGAAGGCCCCGGGCGUGCAGAGGGCCAUCGACCAGCUGGACGACCUGAGCCUGCAGGAGGCGGGCCACGGGCUGUGGGGCGAGGUCCCACUCAAGGCGGCCGUGGCCGGCCUGCGGGUGCCGGACGCGGGCCCCGAGCCCAUCCUGGCCUUCUACGGCAGCCGUCUGGUCGGCCGCCACAAGGCCCGCAAGCCGCCCACGGGCUCCAAGUCCGACUCCAACUUCAGCAACCUCAUCCGGCUGAGCCAGGCCUCGCCCGAGGACGAGGGGCCCUGCCGGGGCAGCGGCUGGGCCGAGGGCGAGCACCGCGGAGCCUCCGCCAAGCCGCCCACCAUCCCCAAGCGGGACGGGGACGGGCCCGACAUCAAGGACAUGGAUGCUGAGAGGCCGAGCCCCGAGCUCUUCGACCCCAGCACCUGUCCUGGAGAAUGGCUCAGCGAGCCAGACUGGACCCUGGAGGGCAUCAGGGGCCCACGGGCACAGGGGCUCCCAACCCGUCAUACCCACCCGCAUGGCCCACCCCGGGCCGCCAGCUUUCUGCAGCAUGUCGGCGGGCAGCAUUGAUGGUGACCGCACCGCUACCCAUCACUGGUGGCUGAGCUAGCUGGGCUGGCCUCCCUUCCUCAGAGCCAUCCCCUGAACCCACAAAUUCUUACAGAAAGCUAUCCAGAAACUCCCAUCCCUCCCCCCCACAGUACAUGCCUGCACACACCCCCAAACACAGGAGGGCUUGGUGUCUGGCCUGUGGCCACCUCAGUCAGAGGGGCACAGAAUGGUGCUGCACUCUGCUGGCCCUGAGCACGUCUUGGCCCUGUGUCUCUGCCUAUUUCAAUAAAGAGCUGUUCACAGCCCUGCCUCACGCCUGUCCCCCUGCCUGUCCCGGCGCUGGGGGGGAGGGGGGUGUUCAGGCUGGUGCUCAGGCCUGCUCUCUGAUGCUGCACCCAGUUGGCCAUUGGCUCGGGUUGGAGGCGGGGCUACCGUGACACUGGGACAGGCUGUGCUUGGCACACUGACCCAUUCCUUAAAUAUGGCGAAGUGCUUGGCUCACAAGCACAUGAGAACCAUCCUCAGUACAUGGUGUUCAGCAGGGGCCGAUCCAAGCUUGCCAGAUAUCUGUGGGUUAGCAUGUGCGGAGCCUUGUCAUAUGUUGAGGUUGGGCCAGUGUGUGUUGGGCUCUGAACUGGCUGUUGCUAAUGCAUGCUGUUGCUAACGCAGGGAGCCAAGGCCAGGUUCCCACCCGCCCCCCUGCCCCCCGAAGCUCUGUAAUUACAUUACAGGCUGGCCAUGCACUUGGCUGGGCAAAUUCAUACUUGGUGCAUGCUCCCGUGUUCAGGCAUUCGAGUCCACCCUUGGGAUAUGACGAUGGUUCAUCUGUGAGCACGCUAACCCAUGUUGGUUACAGGAUGCUCAGCAUACACCAACCACGUCGUCGUACAAGCAUACUCAGCACAUGCCAGUUACACAUGCCAGCCUAUGUGGUUACAUGCUGAGAGCUCAGCACAU